AUGACGACCUAUCCGCCGCCAUCCUAUCCCAUCCACUCACCGCCGUCCUAUCCACCCCGCCCGGUCUUGCGCCCCUUCCUCGGCCCUCGCGCGCACAUCUCCCUCUCCUGGCUCUCGCAAGAAUUCCUCGCGCUCAUCCUCCUCCUCAUCGCUCUCGCCUUCCUCCUCGCCUCCCUUCCGGGUUUGACGCGGGACGCCAAAGCCUCGCUCUUGUCGGCAUGCACAGGAGUCGAGGGCGCGGCGAGCGUUGCGGUCAGCCUGCCGCACUACAUGGCGGACGGCGUGAACGAGCUCAACGUGCGAACCGUCAACGCGGUCACGCAUGGGCUGGGGGAAGUCCUCGACCUAAUGCUGCAGGCGCUGGAGGCGAUCGUACUCUUCAUCAUCGACACCUACCGCUCGCUCUACCUUUGCCUGCUCGAUCUCGCGGUACACGGCUCAAUCGCGGUGCUUGUCAAGGGUAUCGAGGAGGCGCAAGGAUUCGUCACGGACGCGAUCUCCGGCGUUCGCACGGCGAUCCAGGCAUCCAUUGGCGGGAUUGAGACCGCACUCAACAAGACCGUCGAUGUAAUUGACAAGAUCCCAGGUGUCGACAUCAGCCUCCCCUCACUCGACGUACCCGAGCUGUCGGCGCUUGAGAAUGUUACGCUGCCCGACACGCUCGUCAACGCCCUGACCUCGCUCAACUCGUCCAUCCCGACUCUCUCCGAAUUCCGCUCGACUCUCGACAACCUCAUCUCGAAGCCGAUCGAGUCGCUGCGCGCCAACAUCAACGGCACGCUGUCGAACUCGACCAUAGACGUCGAACUCUUGCCGAUUCCGCCGAAGCAAACGAUGGAGCUCUGCACAAACCUCGAUACGACCUGGAUCGACGAUGUCGGGUCGGACCUCGGCAAGUUCGUCAAGGUCGCCAUCGGACUCGUCGUGCUGGUCAUGGCGCUCUUCAUCAUCGCAAACGCGUUGUGGGAAAAGUGGCGGUACAGGGUCUUCCUCGGCGGCGUUGAAGCCGCGCGAGAAGCCUGGCUGAACGACCUGCUCUCAGCGGCCUCGUCCGUUGCGCACGAUGUCAAGUCACAAACGGCAAAUGAGACGCUUUCGACAACCAACCUGCUCUCCUUUCUUAACGCCUCUUCCCACCCAACCCUCUUCCGCCGGGUCUCUCGCCUCGCCUCCGUCCUCCGCCUCUCGACCUCCUCGUCUCGCACCAACCUCAUCUGGUUCCUUUCCUACAUCGCCCAUCCUCCCGCCUGGGCUUUCCUCGCCCUGGGCCUUGUCGGCCUGAUCGUCGUCCAGAUCCAGCUCGCAAUCCUCGAGGGCCCGAUCAGGCGUAUGGUGCGCAGACGAGCGGAGGAUGGGGCGGGACAGUUCUCGAGCAGCGUGAUGGGCGCGCUGAAUGAGAAGAUGCGGGAUGCGAGCGAGAGUUGGGCCAACGGGACGAACAAGGUCAUCUUGGGUCUGCAGGACGACGUAAACAACAACCUGUUCGGCUGGGUCAACGACACGACGACCUCGCUCAACUCGACGAUGAACGGGUUUUACACCGAGAUCACCGACACGAUCACCGAGAUUUUCAACGGCACCGUUCUCGAGGAUCCCGCUCUCAACCUGAUCUACUGCCUCCUAGGCUCCAAGGUCGACUCGAUCUCGACCGCCUUGACCUGGCUGCACGACCACGCCCACCUCUCCCUCCCCACCGUCUCUCCCUCCGCCCUCCUUCUUUCCCAAAACCGUACCGACGACCUCACCGCGACACUCACGAACCCGCACUCGACCAUCUCGGCGCCCAGCAUCGCUGAGAAGAUGGUCAACGCGUACGAACGGAACCUCGAGCAGCAACGCCUAGGCUUCAUUGUUGCAAUCGGCGUCUGGGUUCUCGUCGUCCUCAUGGGACUGGUCGGAGCGUGGUGGAGGGCUCGCGGGACUUUGUGGUGGGCGAACAGGCGAGGUGGGAUGCGCGGCGGCAAGGACGAGCCGGACGAGAAGGUCGAGCGAUUCGGCCAGGACGAGGAGAAGUCCGCUUUCUUCAAGCCGCUUCACCUGCGCUCGAUGUCGUCCUUCGGCCGCAGCAGGGCGCCGUAUGGAGCGUCAACAUCUUCGCUCGACCUGCACGCACCGCCUGCGGUCACAAGCGCCCGACCUGAGCCGCCCUCUUUCGGCGCAACUCAGCCCUUCUUCUCGCCGGCAGAGCAGCUCGUCGUACCGCCUCGCGGUGUCUCGCCGAGCGCGAGAAGCUGGGCCUCUCUGAUCGACUACUUCAAACCGACUCCCGAUCAGCACGACCAGCCCGUCUCGAAUCCCUUCGACGAUCCCUCCGCGCCCGCAACUCGCUCGCCGCCUCGCACACUCACUCUUCCGGCUCUGUCCGCCCUCCGCCUACCGGGAGUGAUCCCGCCCUCCCUCCCUUCCAAGCGAGCCGGCUCGAAACUCAAGCCUCUCAUCUCUCGCCCUCGACCCAUCUCCGCUUUCCGCAAUCUCCGGGACUCGCAUCUUGCCCGUAGGCGGGAGAAGCUCGAGCGCAGACGCGAGAGCGACCUCGUGCCGCUGCGAAACGCCUCGGGUGCGAACGAGCGGCGGUACCGGUUCGGCAAAGGCGCCCAAGCGGCGGGACGACGACGCGACCUCAGAAAACUGACCGAUGAGCUCGAUGACGACGUCGGCUGGGAGGAGCUGCCGGACCUACACGAGUCGCCGCCGAACCCGUUCGCCGAUACCGCACCUUCCUAUCCUCGGCCGCCCUCCCUCGCACGACCUGCCCCUCCUCCAGGGCGCCGCACUGCUCCCCUCAGCUCUCGCCAGCCCAUCAGCUAUAUUCCCUCGCCGCGACCGACCAACCCUUUCUCGACACCGUUCGACGACCCUCGAGACCGCCCCUAG